UGCGCGUCCGGACGGCGGCCUGCGCGGCCGAGGAGAUGGGGCCACCGCCCCCGGGGCUCCCCCGGACCCGCGGGGGGCAGCCCCGACCCCAGAACACGCCCGGGGAGCCCGAUGAGCCGCAAUCCGAAGACAUGGGAAUGUUUUGGUUCCCCAGCGGAGCUGUGCCGUAUGUGAAGUAAAGAACAGUUGAAAAGGAGAUUGUUCUGAGAGAGCGUGUUUACCCCAAGCCGGUCCUGUUAACAAUAGCUUCCUUAGAAUAAAAGACUUACAGAAGAUUGUAUUUAUGCUGAAAGGAAAUUGGCCUAACAAUGAGGCCAAAGACUUUUCCUGCUACAACUUACUCUGGAAACAGCAGGCAAAGAUUGCAGCACAUCCGCGAAGGGUUGAAGCAGCCUCCCAAGCCGGCCGGGCCGGGGGUCCCCGCCGGCUCCCUCAGUGACCCGUCCCUGGCCUCCAAAAGCCUGGGAGGGAAGGACACUGCGAGGCAGCAGCAACAGCAACAGCAGCAGCUGAGACCCACCGCCAAGUUUGGGCCUUACCAGAAAGCCCUGAGGGAGAUCCGGUACUCCCUGCUGCCUUUCGCCAAUGAGUCGGGCUCUUCGGCUGCUCCGGAUGUGAACCGACAGAUGCUGCAGGAGCUGGUGAAUGCCGGUUGCGAUCAGGAAAUGGCGAUGAGGGCGUUGAAGCAGACGGGCAGCAGGGGCAUCGAGGCGGCCCUGGAGUUCAUCAGCAAAAUGGGUUAUUUGGACCCAAGGAAUGAACAGAUCGUCAGAGUCAUUAAACAGACCUCCCCAGGGAAAGGAGCCGUGCCAAAUCCCGUAGCCCGCAGGCCGAGCUUCGAAGCGGCUAACGAAUCUUUCCCUCCCUACCACCAACACGGCAGCGCAGUCUACGAUCGGGGUGGCUUUGGCGUGGACAGCGCGAGCCUGCUGGGCGACGGGCCCCGGCAGUACGUGGACUACCUGCUGGCGCCUCCGCAGCGGCUGCCCGGCGUCGGCCCCCACGGUGCAGCCGGCGGCCACCCGCACCAGCCCAAGGCCUACCCCGCCAGCCUGGAGCCCCCUCUGAUCAACUACCCGGUGGGCGGCCACGGAGGCCAGCCCCUCCCGCUCCCGGCCCCGCACGGCUCUGGCAGCGUUCACUAUGGCAGGCCGCUCCUGGUGGUGCCGGGAGAAACCCUGGGGUAUGGCGUCCAGCGCAGCCCGUCCUUCCAAAGCAAGAUGCCGCCACCACCGCUGCAGGAGGGCGGCUACGGCAACCUCCCAAGCAAAGGGCCCGGGGUUCCGGGUGGCCCCGGCCAUGCCUUCCAGCAGGCAGCGGGCACAGUCCCGGGGAUGGGGGCAGGCGGCCUGUACGGCUCUCACCCUCACCACAAACAGACCAGCCCGUCGGCGCACCCGGUGCACGUGAUGGGCGGCCGGGGCCCAGCGUUCCCCAGCGACUUCGCGGAGAGCCCCCCUGCAAGCCUGCUUUCCCCGUCGCGCAACAGCCUGAACCUGGAUGGGUAUGAGCUGGGGGGCGCGGGCGGGCCAGCGUGGCCUCCGUCCACUCUGUCCCGGCGCGACUCCCUGCAGAGCCCGGGGCUGGAGGCCUCCCCGCGCCAGCACGUCGGCUUGCGGCCCGACGGCCCCGGGCCCAGCAGGACCAACUCUUUCAACGGCCACCAGCCGGCAUCUGUGUCCCUGCGGGCCGGGGCCCCGGGCAAGAACGACCCCGCCCUCUCCUCCCCCAACACCAUCACGGCCGUGACGGCGGCCCACAUCCUCCACCCGGUCAAGAGCGUGAGGGUGCUGAGGCCCGAGCCACAGACGGCCGUCGGGCCCUCCCACCCCGCCUGGCUGCCGGCCCAGGCCCCCGGGGCCGAGGGUUUGGAAGCGAUGGAGCCGCACGCCCCACCCCUGAGUGGCCCGGGCACCUACCCUCUGGAUGCCGACUUCGGUGCUCAGGAGCUGCGCUGGCCACCCCCUCCCUAUCCCAAGCACCUGCGGCUUCCCAACAACGCCGAGCCUCUGGACGUGGACGGCCUCUGCGCGGGCGUGGAGCAGAGCCUCAGGGGGGUGCCCGGCCCGGCUGAGGACAGCGGCGACAGGGGCAGCAAGAGCGCCAAGGGGGACAAGGCGGGCAAGGACAAGAAGCAGAUCCAGACAUCGCCCGUGCCCGUGCGGAAGAGCGGACGGGACGAAGAGAAGAGGGAAUCGCGGAUCAAGACGUACUCGCCUUUCGCUUUCAAGUUCUACAUGGAACAGCACGUGGAGAACGUCCUGAAAACCUACCAGCAGAAAGUCCACCGGAGACUGCAGCUGGAACAAGAAAUGGCCAAAGCCGGGCUCUGUGAAGCGGAACAGGAGCAGAUGCGGAAGAUCCUCUACCAGAAGGAGUCCAACUAUAACCGGCUGAAGAGGGCUAAGAUGGACAAGUCCAUGUUUGUGAAGAUCAAGACCCUGGGCAUUGGGGCCUUCGGGGAGGUAUGCCUGGCCUGCAAGGUGGACACGCACGCCCUGUACGCCAUGAAGACCCUGCGCAAGAAGGACGUCCUGAACCGCAACCAGGUGGCCCACGUCAAGGCGGAGAGGGACAUCCUGGCGGAGGCCGACAACGAGUGGGUCGUCAAGCUCUACUACUCCUUCCAGGACAAAGAGAGCCUGUACUUUGUGAUGGAUUACAUCCCCGGCGGGGAUAUGAUGAGCCUCUUGAUCCGCCUGGAGGUGUUCCCCGAGCACCUGGCCCGCUUCUACAUCGCCGAGCUGACCCUGGCCAUCGAGAGCGUCCACAAGAUGGGCUUCAUCCACCGAGACAUCAAGCCGGACAACAUCCUGAUUGAUCUGGACGGGCACAUCAAGCUCACCGACUUUGGGCUCUGCACGGGCUUCCGCUGGACACACAACUCCAAAUACUACCAGAAAGGGAGACACGCCCGGCAGGACAGCAUGGAGCCCAGCGGGCUGUGGGACGAUGCGUCCAAUUGCAGGUGUGGAGACAGGCUGAAGACCCUGGAGCAGCGAGCCGAGAAGCAGCACCAGCGGUGCCUGGCCCAUUCCCUCGUGGGGACGCCCAACUACAUCGCCCCCGAGGUCCUUCUGCGGAAAGGGUACACUCAGCUCUGUGACUGGUGGAGUGUUGGUGUGAUUCUUUUCGAGAUGUUGGUGGGGCAGCCACCCUUCCUGGCCCCCACCCCCACAGAAACCCAGCUGAAGGUGAUCAACUGGGAGAACACCCUCCACAUCCCGGCUCAGGUCCAGCUGAGCCCGGAGGCCAGCGAUCUCAUCACCAAACUGUGCUGCGCGGCGGAGGCGCGGCUGGGCGGCAACGGCGCUGACGACAUCAAGGCUCACCCGUUCUUCGGCGCCAUGGACUUCUCCGGGGACCUCCGCAGGCAGCCCGCGCCCUACGUCCCCAAGGUCAGCCACCCGAUGGACACCUCCAAUUUCGACCCCGUGGAUGAGGAAGGCCCUUGGGACGACGCCAGCGGUGACAGUACCCGGGCCUGGGACACGCUGGCCGCCGCCAACAGCAAGCACCCCGAGCACGCCUUCUACGAGUUCACUUUCCGGAGGUUCUUUGAUGACAACGGGUACCCGUUCCGGUGCCCGAAGCCUUUGGGGGGCGAAGCUACCCCACCUGAGGACUUGGAUCCGAACCCCAGAGAGAACGCCAGAGCGGUGGGGGAACCGGCUGGGGGAUGUCAGCCCGUCUACGUGUGACGGGACAGCGGUGGUGGAACCCCCGACCCCCACCCGCCUCCUGGGGCCAGGGCACAGUCAGCCUGUCCGCGUGUGACCGGAGAGCGGGGUUGGGACACCCCCGGGGCGUGGGUGCCGUCAGCCUGUCUGUGGGGACACGAACAUGGGACUCCCGGCCCACCCCACUCUGUGGCCCUUUUAGACCCCUGAAGGCCCCGAGCCGAGCCCUCCCUUAGCUCCUGCGGGGCCCCGGUCCGUCUCGGAGAACGUGAGUCCGUCGACGGAGACGCUUGAAAUUCUGGCCUUCAUCGAAAAACGGUCUUCCAGCCCCGCAGACUUCACUCUUCACUCCGGUCUGUGUACGAGCAGACCCCGUCCCCCGAACACGCGACCGAGGGCCUCGCGGCCUAUCAUUAGACAGGUUUUUUAAUAGAGUACCGUCUUGAAAGAGCACUUAUAUUUUGUUUCUACCAGUUUGUUUCCUACUAAAUGAUAGGGAUUAACUCUGACAAAUCAUGCUGCUGUUCUCUUUUCUCCAUUUGUAUUUUAUCCCAAGCACUUACUUCCCGUGUAGGAGAAGGCAUGAAAACGGGAGAGCGUGUGAUGGGAGGAGUCUCUGUGCAAUAAUGUAAAAAAGGAAGAGAGAUCACCCUCUGCUCCCCGUGUUGCCGACGCCCGUGUGUUCACACCCGGGUGCGUGUUUGAGACGUUUGUCUUUUCCACUUUUCGAACUCCUGAUAUGACCGUAAAGCUGCUUUGGUUUUCUGUUUGCCGGUCGGAGCGGAGGAGGGUGGGUGAGGAGGGGAUGACGCGGGAGUGAUUUGGCAUCUCUGGUGUGGGAGGAAUGUUGUGUGAGCAGGGUGUUUCAAUUUGAAAUGACCAUAUCUUGCCCGACACAGGCCGGUCCUGUGAGUCUGUUGUGGCUGAGCUUCUGUAGCUGCGGCGCUCUCCAGCGUCGCCCGGCGGGCUCGUGCCGGCGACUUCCCUUGGAUGAUUGUAUCCCUCGUUGAGCUGUCCAACCCAGUAAUUGCGUGUGUAUAACUGAGGAGUGAUUUGAUGUCUUCUUGAUGUGAUUGGAUCAUUUUUCGGGGCGACUGUUUUACCACCUGCCGUACUCUGAAAUCGGGAUGCUUCUGCGUGAGAUAUCAUUAGGGUGAAUCAAGGAAAUAUUGGCUCCCUUGCUAUUCUAUGUGGCCAGAGCGGGAGAGCAGUGAGUCCGGCCUUGCCUUAUUGCCCCACACCUGCCUCUCCCCCUCAACCCCCCACCUGCCCCACCUCCCCAUCCCCACACCCCAAGCCUGAGGAUUGGGGGGGAUGGCACCCCUUCCUUCUGGGAGCCGCGCACACGACCGAGUCUGGUGUCCCGGACUGCGACCACCUCCACCCCGGGUCCGAGAGAACUGUACUCCAACAUCAACUCCGAACUGGGUUUAAAAUACGUCUUUCUUCCCACUGUAAAAGUGAGGACUAUCCAAUCCGAGCCCUAGAAAUGAUUAAGCCAUACAUAUUUGCAUAUAAAUAUAGGUGUAUAUAUAUUUAACAGCAUAAACACACGAAAUAUUUCUUCAUUCAGAUUAGUGUAACUGUCCUGUUUAAAAUGAGUUAUAAUAUUUGAGUAAAAUGUCCUUCGUUUUUUUGUUUGGGGUUUUUUUUUUUUUGCUUUUUAAAAAAAAACCUGGCGCUUCAGUCGUAUUUUUCAUUACGUUAUUCCACGUAUUAUUCCUUAACGUUUGUAGCCUAUCGUAUCCAUUGUGUGGAGCGUUCGUGCCCGGCCACACCGACAGGCUCCCCCCGCCCCAGCCCAGCAGACGGUUCCUGCGGGCCUGUUUACAUUUGUGUGGCGACGGCGGGAGCGAGGGCCUGAGGGUCCCCGACCCGCUGCGGGUGGGCCGUGGCAGACAGCGGAAGGUUCAGUAUUACUGCUUUUGUAGCCCGAUGCCGUUUCUGUAAUUUACAUCUAGCCGACAUUCUUUCAUGUGGUAGGUUCUUUCUCAGGAACUCGAUUUAACUGUUAUUUAUUGAUGUAUCAUUGCCCCUGAAAGCUUCUACUGGCACAAUUUAUUAUUAAAACUUUGGACCCCAAA